AAAUUCAUCGAAGACAUCCCAAUAAAUAUGUCAUUCAUUUUUCGUUUUUACCGAAGAGAUCUUAGUCGCGCAAUUGUACAUCUGACUAAGCUUGUGUGUGCAGUAUUUCUCAAUGAAAAAAAUUGCAUGAAAACGAGUCGUCUCUGGUUGAAUAACAACAAAGACUACACUGAAGAAUCCCUACUGUUGACCAAUCACCGACGAAGGGGCGUAGACAUCGGCACCGAACUUCGGCUUUCCUCCAGAAAAAAAAUGUCGUGUGCCAGAACAGCCGAACAAUCCCUCACCGAAGUCCAAAACUAUCACAAAUGUCGUCAUAAUAUGUGCACGAACUCUACAGAACUGUUUCGCCUGGGAAGCAAGUGUUUUACGGUAACCUGGAGUUAAAUGCAACUAAGUGUCAGCUUCACACCUACCACAGCAAAAGAAGAGCACAACAGCAGAACACACAUUGUGACUGUCCAAGUGAACAACACAAAGGGUUGGAACUAUUACCCUCAGUGUUUUGUAUAAGUCAUUUUUUGAGGUUGCCAAUAGCAAAAAUAAUUGCCUCAUAACACACCAAAAAACACACCAAGUUGAAAGACUCAGAAACAUAGGAAUAGUCCAUGUGAAUCAGAGGACAGUACAGGUCUGUUUAAAUGUAAAAGACUAAAAGCACUUGAGACUCUAACAAAGAAACGUACGACGACUUCAGUCCAGGAAAAAAGCUUAAAAGAUCUUUGAACAUAGAAACAAUAUUUAAAACUUAACAGGUUGUUGUACACAGAGAACUUCAGAAAAAGCUAUUUUCACCAGGAAUAAGACUGCUUCAGGAUAAUUUACUUUAGAUGUUUGAACUCUGAAUUCUGAAACAUGUUCACAUAGGUUUGUUUUUGAGCGGAUAUAUGAUCAAUUUAUUCAUAUAAAUGCUAAUUUCUCCCUUUUUGGGGAGCGUCUUGUAAAUAUACAAUUUUCGUACGCCAGACUCUUCUUUUCAAGAGGUCUGUACGUAUAAGUGUAUACAUAAAUUCUUUAAAUUAGAAAUCCUGAAAACAAGGUUUUAGUUUUUCUUUGUGAGCUAAAUAACACAAGGACAUUAGUUCCACGAGUGGAAAAACAAGAUCUAAGGAAACAUUGAACAAUAAAGUUUAGCUUUACACUGUGAGUGACUAAGGAAUUGGCAGACUGAAGGAAAAGCUCUCUAAGCCAUGUCUACAGCAAGAACGGAGAACCCAACAUCCAUCAUGGGACUGAACAAGCCCAAUGGGCAGUUUAGAGGACCACUCAAGCCAGUUGGACUAACAUCAGGAUCCCUGGCAACUGCCCCACAACCAGAUGCCCACCAGAAAGGGGGUAACAUUCCCCAGGGCAGUGGGGGUAUCCGGUUUGGCGAUGACUGGAAGAAGUGCCUGCAGCUUCCACAGAAAGACUGCAGAUUUAGAACAUCAGAUGUGACAUCGACCAAGGGGAAUGAGUUUGAGGACUACUGCCUGAAGCGGGAGCUACUGAUGGGGAUCUUUGAGAUGGGCUGGGAGAAACCAUCUCCUGUACAGGAGGAGAGCAUCCCCAUUGCUCUGUCAGGAAGGGACAUCCUGGCCCGGGCUAAGAACGGCACCGGGAAAAGCGGAGCCUACCUCAUUCCUCUCCUGGAGAGGAUAGACCUGAAGAAGGACCACAUACAGGCCAUGGUGAUGGUUCCUACACGAGAGUUGGCCCUGCAGGUGAGCCAGAUCAGCAUCCAGGUGAGCAAGCACAUGGGUGGGGUCAAGGUCAUGGCCACCACGGGAGGCACCAACCUGAGGGACGACAUCAUGCGUCUGGACGAGACUGUGCAUGUGGUGAUAGCCACACCAGGCAGGAUCCUGGACCUGAUAAAGAAGGGCGUGGCCAAAGUGGAUAAAGUCCAGAUGAUGGUGAUGGAUGAGGCAGACAAGCUGCUGUCUCAGGACUUUGUGGUCCUGAUCGAAGACAUCAUUAGCUUCCUGGCUAAGGGUCGUCAGAUCCUACUCUACUCUGCCACCUUCCCCAUCAGUGUGCAGAAGUUCAUGGCGAAGCACCUUUCAAAGCCCUAUGAGAUCAACCUGAUGGAUGAGCUGACACUGAAGGGCAUCACCCAGUACUACGCCUACGUCACUGAGAGGCAGAAAGUCCACUGCCUCAACACCCUCUUCUCCAGGCUCCAGAUCAACCAGUCCAUCAUCUUCUGUAACUCCACACAGAGGGUUGAGCUGCUGGCCAAGAAGAUAACCCAGCUGGGCUACUCCUGCUUCUACAUCCACGCCAAGAUGAUGCAGGAGUAUAGAAACCGUGUGUUCCAUGACUUCAGAAACGGACUCUGCAGGAACUUGGUCUGCACUGAUCUGUUCACCAGGGGAAUUGACAUUCAAGCGGUGAACGUAGUGAUCAACUUUGACUUCCCCAAGAACGCUGAGACGUACCUGCAUCGCAUCGGCAGAUCAGGGCGGUUUGGUCACCUGGGUCUGGCCAUCAACCUGAUCACCUCUGAGGACCGCUUCAACCUGAAGUCCAUCGAGGACCAGCUGGUGACUGACAUUAAGCCCAUCCCCGGCAGCAUCGACAAGGGUCUGUACGUGGCCGAGUUCCACUCUGCCGACCCAGACGCAGAAGACGAGAUCAGAGGCAAGGGCGGCGAGUUAAGCGCAGCAUAAAUGGAGAACAAGAGGCGUCUGGCAUUCAUCACACCCAUCCCCUGCUGUGCACAGAUGUUUAGUUUCUGACCGAAUAUAUAAAAAAAUCUACAGGAUGCAUCCCCCCCCCCCCCCCCCCCCCCCUUUUUUUUUCAGAAGGGGAAAGUUUAAAGCAGUGGUCAGUUUGUUUUGGCACAGUUUACAGCUGUUUUUUAAACAACAUGAUAUGCAUCUAACCUGCCAACUGUCAAUCAUUUCAGUCUGCGGUUUUUCUGUAUUGUCAGUGUAUCACUGUAGUGGCUUCUUAUACAGUCACAUUUCAUCAUUUCCUGUUGAAAAGGCCCUCGCUUGUCAGGUUCACUUCCUAUAGACUUAUUUCUGAGCAGAUGACUGUUGAGGAAACCAAAGCUGAACAUGUUGAUUAGGGAAUAUGGAUUUACUCAAAAAACCAAAAGUACCCCCUCUGCUUUAACGGCUGUUUGGGGGAAAGCUAUCAUGGUGCUAUACGGUGGAAAUACGAAUAGAACUACAUUUUAAAAGUUUGUUUUUAAGUGUUCGUGCUGUGACUUUACAUUCAUAUAUGAAAGGCACCUACAUGAAUAGUUUGUCGCAGACGCACACGGAUGAGUCCAAUGAGUGUUGAUUAGUUUACUUAUUGUUUGUUUAUAUUUUACAGCCUCCUUAGUGGGCUAUGGCACCAGACAGACCUGUAACUCUUUGGGCAACAGAUCCCUUGGACAAGGAGAUGAUGGCAAUAGAACCUGACAUGAAGAGCCUGUAUCAACAGGGCAAACUUUUUAUUUACAUACACUGGUUGAAGCCAGUCAUCCUAUUCUAUCGCUCUGACUCUUCUGUUCAUCUCCCGCACUCUUAACUCACUCGCGUGCCUUAAUCUAACCUCCGCUCUGUGUUCAUACUGUACAUCUGAAAGGAUCUGUCUGUGUGAACCAGAGCUCCAGGAAGUAGCUUGAAAGUACUAAAAAGAGCUUCUGGUAAUGUGUUUAGAUCUCACCUCAAGUCAGUGCUUGUUUUCUCAGCUUCCCAGAACUCCCCUCAGUGUUUUUAAUAUGUGGAGUAGUUGAAACUGAUCUAAGGUAAAUUUUGCAUCCCCUCUCCUAGUGGUUAAUAUUAGGAUUUGGGGAUGAAAGAUCUAGGGUCAGAUUUUCUGUAGCUUUUCAGAGACACCAGGGAGCAGAAAUGGUCACACAGGGUGGGGGACCCUAAUCUCUAACUCAAGAAGGGAUUUGUUACACUACUGGCAAUUGUCGUUGAGGAAUCACAGCAUUUGUCAUAUUUUUUUCACAAUUGUUAUGCAGUGUAUUUUUCCUCUUUCGUACAGCUAUAUUGGGUAGUCUGACAGGACUGGUUGUGUUGAGGGAAGAUUGUAGCAGUACUCUCAUUGGCCAAAGUACAGAUCUACUUUUAAAAGGAUAAAAUAUUGCCAAAUACAAUCUUGUCUUAUAGCGACAACCCUAACAGAUCCUACAAUCUUCAACAUUAGAGUUGUAGCAGAUGGCUGGCCUCUGUUUAGUUUAGCACCAGCAGAACCGAACAAGGACCAUUGUCAUGCAUUAUUUAAACAGCCUACAAUACUGAGCACUGUUUCCCCAUGUCUGGCUCUGGAGUAUCCCUGUAAAUACUGGAGUUUAUUUAACUUAUUCCAUUGUCAAUUAUCCUCAAUUGAGGCACUUGAGCACUGAAAUGGGACUUAUGAUUUGAGCAUUGUCAAGUGUCUGUGUUUAACCAAUUAAUAACGUUUUAUCUCAGCACACCAGCCGCCCGAAGCAACAAGCGAUAGCUUUGGGACGAGGCUAUAAAAUGGACAAGAGAAGCAGCAUUUGCCAGGGGUACUCCAGGGCCGACUAUGGUAGACUUGACAAUUUUUUUUCUUUUUUCUAUCCAUCUUAUUUGGUUUGAGUAAUGCUCCUGUUGUUUUGUUGGCAGAGGUCACCUGCUUAGCUAAAGUGGUAGGAGGAUGGCUAAGCAAAGUUUAUUCUCGUGCCAAUUGUGUCAAUGCCAGCACCUUUGAAGGAAUCAAAUAAAGGCCUGCUGAUUCUCUA